CAGUUCGCUCAGUGCUCUCCCAAUUGGAAAAUCAAAUGCAAUGAAUACACACAACGAAAUUGACGUUUGCUUUAUAUAGUCUGCCAUCUUUGAUUUUGCACAGCCUAUGGACGGACGAAAAGAUUUUUUAAGUGUAGAAAAUUUGAUAAGCAUAGAUUUUUCAACAAUACAAAAUUUUAAAAGUGUAGUGCACUUGCUGAAACAUGAACUUAUGAAAAAUUCAUAUAUAAUUUUUUGCAGUGCGAUAGUUGUUUACAUUUUUUUCUAGCGUUUGGGCACGUUUGUAACGCGUAGACAUGGAAAACACAACAAUUAAUAACUAAACAUAAAUUAUAUUGUGGAAUUUGCUUAUUGCGCUAGGAAUGCAAGCCAGACAAUAAUUAAGCAAAAGUGAAUUUUGGUGAUAAGUCGGGGUUUGAUUAAGAAACCUUAGUUUAUUGGAAGUUAGUGAAUAUGACUACGGCGCCGCAAUUAAACGACUCCACAGCAUCCAGCAUGGCAGCUGCUAGCACAACAGUAGCAACAGCAACUCCACAACCAGCUUCAACCGGCACCAAAUCAAUGUUAGUGCAAUUGACCACCGAUGGUGUACCCAAACUGCAUUGUCCUGUUUGUGAUAAGGCACUGGUGUCGCUAAGCGGUUAUGUGAAGCAUGUAAAGAAGCAUGAGCCACCGGGUGGCUUUCUCUGUCGUUAUUGUGAUGAUCGUUUCUGCUCCGAGGAAGAAUUGAAGAAACAUCGCGACAAUGUGCAUACAACAAUUGUGUGCCGGCUCUGUACAGCAGUUACCUUUACAAAUGAGAGUGACUAUCGUGAGCACAUACGCGUCAUACACAAUGGCAUCGAUAGAGAAAUGCUGAAAUGUGACAAAUGUGGCGCGGAAUAUAAGACAAUUUAUCCAUUUAAGCGGCAUAUAGAAACCGAAUGUGGCAAAAUUAAACCACACAAAUGUGAACAGUGUGCAAUGACUUUUGUAACGAAAUAUAAUCUCAAACAACACAUGGUGCUACAUACUGGUGAGCGGAAGUACUGCUGUAGCUAUUGUGGCAAGAAUUUUCUGCAAAAAGGACGUUUAGUGGAACACGAACGUUCGCACACCGGCGAGAAACCACACAAGUGUGAUGUUUGUGGCAAGUGUUUUGCACAUCGCGAAAGUAUUGUCACACAUUCCUCGAUACACACCGGUGUGCGCUUGGUGGAGUGUAAGUGUUGUCUUACACGUUUCUCUUGCCAUUCCAAUCUAAUAAAACAUCGACGUACACGUCCGGACACCUGUGGGCUGCCAGAAUUUGAUCCGCCGAAACAGCGCAUGCGCACGCAUCGGCACAGAAUACCACCAACAUUAAAUCCUACCUCAGAAAUAAAAGUAAACAAUUCCAAUCGCAUCAUUAAACCGGAUCAUAAAGAGCUAGUGCGUAGGUCAAUAGCAAAAUUGGAUGUUGAAGCUGCAGCAACAAAUUUGCCAGCUAAAAAACGUGUUGGCGGCCGACCAGGUAAACGAAAGCGCAAAGUAUCCUCCACAGACACGGAGGAAGAUGAUGAAACUGAGCAGGAUAUGUGGCACCCUGAAAGUAGUGAAAAAGUGGAAGUUAACGCUCUGGAGACUGCUGAAGCAUUAGAAACAGGCGAGGCAACAAGCAAUACGCCACCGCUUGGUUUGCAAAAUGGUACAGAAAAUGAGUCCAUUAAACAAGUUGGUAAAUUUGAAACAGACUCGGAGGAAGACGAGUAUGUCGAUUUUGAUGCAGCAGUAGAGAGCGGUAGUGGUGAGGAUGAGCAUAAGGAAAAUGUGCAAUUAACGCUGGCAAAAUUAAAAGAUAUUAAAGAAGAAAGCAGCACGAGAUCUGAUAAUUAUACAGAUAAUACCUAUGAGGAUGACGAGCUGGAGUUUAUUGACUCGCGCGAAUUUGUUGGCACCGAGUUCGAAGUGAAAUCAGAAGAUGCGAAUAUUUUCAAAAAUAAAGAUAAAAUACUCGAUACGCUGUUAAAAGACAAGACUACGCCGAGUGGUAUGAAGCGAGAGCAAGCGGGCUUACAUGAGACUGAGUUGAUAUUAAUCAAAGCCGAGAACAGUGUGAACUAUGUUGAGGAGACGGAUAUUUUGGACGUUGAUGGUCCUUUAACAGCGCCACUAGCCUCUUGUAAGAUAAUGUUGCGUGAUGUAUGCCAACGUUAUCCCACACUGAAGGAGGAGGCGAGUGUGAAAGUGUCACGCAAUGCUAUAGCCUACCCGCGACCUAGAAGACAGCAGUCAAAUGCAGAUGCGUACAAUGAAAUUGAUGCUGAUGGUAAGGAUGAUGACUUGGCAGCAAGCAAAAAAUUACGUAAAAACAACAAAAAAGUUGAGCACCCGCAAGUUGACGGUAAUGAAGCCAAGACCGCGAAACGUGGACGCAAACCACGUCAGUUAACAGAAAACGUGCCUUUUACUGAUGAUGACGAGGAGCAAAAUAAGCCGACGACAGAUAAAAACAAACCGCGACGUAUGGCUAAGCUAUCACAAAAAGAAUUGAAAGCACGUUUAAAACUAUCCAAGCGUGGCGAGAAGCCUUGGCAGUGUCCAUAUUGUAUAAAAGUGUAUCACAUACGCAAACCGUUUGAGAAGCAUUUACGUGACGAUCAUCAACGUCCAGAGGAGGAGAUAAAGGAGACUUUCAAACCCGAAGAGACGACCAUUAAUGAUGGUGAAGUGUUCAAGUGCCAUAUUUGCGCGAAAAUAUAUCUGAUGGAGAAACGUUUAAGCAAUCACAUACAAAUGCAUGGUCCGGACGGCAGUUUGAUCUUCAAGUGUCCCUGCUAUUGCUCCAUAUAUUUCGCCACCAAGGAUGAGGCAACAGCACAUGCGCGUAAGGAGCAUCGUGAUCUGAUAUUUUGCAAUAUUUGUGAAAAAUUCAUGACUGGUCAUGAUUCGCUGAAAAAUCAUAUGCGCAAACACGAACAGGAGAAAGAUAACAAAGCGGUGGCGAAUCGAAAUUUUGUUUGUGACAAAUGUGGUAAGAAAUUCUCCGGACGCACUUCGUUAACCGAUCAUGUGCGCUCCGAUUGUGGACGCAAACCGCUUUAUCAGUGUACUGUGUGUGGCAAACAUUUAACCACGGCGGGUAUUUUGAAAACACAUCUGCUCCUACACAAGGAUGAUACGCCGUAUCAGUGCGACAAAUGUGGCAAGACAUUUAAGGUGAAAGCACAGUACAAAACGCAUAUAAAGACGAGACACACGGACUAUAAACCCUUUCAGUGUCAUCUCUGCCCCAAAGCCUAUCCUUAUCGCGAAUCACUGCUCACACACAUGACCGUGCAUACGGGCAUCAAACGUUUUCUGUGCAAUGGUUGCGGCAAACGUUUCACUUGUGUUUCCAAUCUACAAGCACAUCGUAAAGUGCAUUCCGAUACAUGCGGUCAAUUGCCGCUCAAUGCGAAAGCUACACAGUAUAUGGGCGUGCAGAAGGGUAAUCUACUUUUGGGCGCUAAGCCAGAGGCAGGCGUUGAUUAUAAGGAGACCAAUACGCUCAUAGCGAAAGAAGUAAUCGAUCGUGAUCGUCCCAUGGCGCAAGAGAUUAAUUAUCCCUCAGAACCGUCAGCGCCUUUGGCAACAGUGCCGCUCAACUAUACACAAACGGCGACACCACAAUUACUGCUGCCACAAGUUAUCACACAAUUCAUGGAUGAUACACAUACUCUGGCGUCUACGUCUAACGCAUAUGCUUGAUUGGGGGAAUGAGUGCAUUAUUUAAAGUUACUUUUAAUUUUUAGUCUAGUUUUAAGUUGCUUUUGAAGUAUCAUACACUUUGUAGUAAUUAUUUUUAACUCAGCAGAUGUGCGUUUUUAAAUGCUUGUUUUUUAGUUUUAGCACGUAAAUAUGUAAGUAAAUUAUAAAAAUAAUUUAUAUUUAUAAGUGUGUAUGUAUGCUUGAAUAUGAAUAAAGUUCAAAAAUAUUUAAAUAUAAAACUAAAUGCACUAAAAUUUACAAUUACACUCGUUGAAACUCCCGUUGCAUAAGUAACUAGUUAUUCGCUGCCACAAUGUAAAAUAACGUUCACCAGUGAACACAGAGGGAAUAAUAAAAAAAAACUAUUUUUAUAUUACAAAUGCAUACACGUCAACAUUUUACUGACUUUGCUUUAAUACAUUUUUCUUUCCUAUAAUAUUUAAGAAAUAAACUUACACACAGACAACUUCAUGUCUCAGCUUACAUGCUAAACAUUUACAAAAUGCUAAAUUAACUUUACUAUUUAUCAUAUUUGUGCAAAAACACAGCCUUUAAUUUAAGCGAAAAUAUGGUUUUUGAAAUUUGCCAAUAGGCAUGCGGCCACGUUGCCGCAGACGGCGCACUGCUUCACGUAAAUAUUUGGGCUGCAAAGCGCCAGUCUCACCGGCCGACUCCAUAACAUCCAAAGCUGUAUAGGAGUGCAUAUUAGAAAUUUAAUAUUU